AUGGUUGCCAAACCUCCUCCAGCGGGCGUCUAUGUCCCCGUCCCAACCUUCUUUGUUUCCAAAAAGGCCGCAAACUAUAAUGCAGUGUCGGCACCCGUCGAUCCUGAGACACAAGCUGCACAUUCGCUGCAUUUAGCCCGUUCAGGAAUUCAAGGUCUGGUUGUACUAGGUAGCACGGGCGAGGCAGUCCAUCUGUCUAACAAAGAGAGGUUCGAAGUCCUCUCAGGAGUUAAGAAGGCUCUGGAUGGCGCCGGAUUCAAGGAUUAUCCUAUUAUCGCCGGGACAGCAUCGCAGAAUAUUGAAGAAGUUGUAGAGCAGUUAAAAUCUGCGAAGGACGCCGGCGCUCAAUGGGGACUGUGUCUUGUCCCCGGAUAUUUUGCGGGUGCUAGCACGGAAGAGGGCAUCAUACAAUGGUUUACAGCUGUAGCUGACCAGAGUCCGAUUCCAGUUUUGAUUUAUCAUUACCCUGCGGUAUCAAACGAUGUUAAAGUUACGCCUUCGACCUUUGCAACGCUAUCGAAACACCCCAAUAUCGUGGGCUGCAAGCUCUCCCACGGCGAUGUCUCCUAUCAUGCUCAGAUUGGGGCGAAUCCCAAAAUUGACCAUACCAAAUUCCAUACUUUUACUGGGUUAGGCCAGCAGCUCCUUGCAAUUGUUACUCUGGGCUGCGCGGGCACCAUCGAUGGCACUGCGGGAUUCUUCCCAAAGUCUGUGGUGCGGUUGUACAACCUAUCCCUGAAGAACCAGCCCACGGAUGAAGAGGUUAAGGAGAGGAGAUUGCUGCAGUAUAAAGUUAGUUCGGUGGAGGAACUUGUGGUGAAAUAUGGUACGGUAGGAAUUAAGGAGGCCAUUAGUAGAGUUUUGGGGAUGGGUGAUGUGGAUGGCACGAGACUGCCGCUCCGUGGAGGGAUACCUGGGGGCGAUAGGGAAUGGGAGAAUUGGAAAGAGGCGAUUGGUGAUUUGCAGGCUGUGGAGAAAUCUUUGUAG